CCUCCUGGUUUCAGCACGUUUGUUUUUUUUGGGAAAUCGCCUUCGUCUUUUCGGGCUCUCUGGAAGGAAAUCCAUCGGGUUUGGGUUAAAUCUUCUGGGUUUUCUCUCCUCAAUGGAUUAAUCGAGUAAACUCAAUUGAUUUGUCGAACUGUUGGAAUCUGAUUUCAUGUAUAUGCCGGUGUCGUGCCCGUUGUGUGUCGGUGCUUCACCGGCGACGGCGUUCCUCCCUCCUCGCCGGAACCAUUUUCUGAAAGUUGGAAAUUCUCGCGAAUGCGUUCCUGCAAGAGUUUCCAGCCGAUCUCUACAAUCAGGCAAGAAGUUAUGUACUUUGGUGGCUGUAGGAGCAAGCUUACCACAGCCUGUUGCUAUCACCCAUAGUUCUAAGAACAGGAAAUCGGUCUUUACAUGUAAUGCUGCUUUGAAUGCGAGAUGCAGCCAAGGCCAGACACAGACUGUUACGCGUAAAGCACCGACAAUCACUCAAGCUCCUGUUCAUGGAGAGGAGAAAUCCCUGAGCCUUGAUGACGGAGGAAACGGGUUUCCACCUCGGGAUGAUGGCGGUGGAGGAGGCGGCGGUGGGGGUGGUGGAAUGCCCUCUUCAGGUGGUUUCUUUCUUUUCGGUUUCCUUUUGUUUAUGUCUUUCUUGAAAGAUUUAGAGGGCGAGAACGAUGGUUAGGGUUUAGCCUCCAUAGAUGCAGAGUCUGGAUGAUCUUCUGAAGUGGUAAAUUUUCGAAAGGCAGAUUUGACUGACUAUACAUACAUGAUACAUGUACUUCACCAACUAAAAAACCUCUACAAUUACUAGUUUUAAAGAGGAUGAACAUGAUUUUUUUGUCUGUUCUCCCAUUUU